AUGGAUUGCUUGGUAUUGCCCGUUUGUUUAUUGCGGAAGCGCAGCACGAGAUCGCGGCUAGGUUACCGGCCUCUGAAGAGCGAGGAGGAUGGAAGUGGCGAGGCACAAGUAAAGGUGGUGGUCGGAAAAGAGAAACGGGAGUUUUUGGUCGACCCUUUUGUGUUGGAUAAAAGUCCUUUCUGGGUUUUUAUUGAAACCAUGAAUAAGGGGUGCGGUGGUGGUGGUCGAGUAGUUAAUGGAAGAAGAGAGGGGAAAAAAGAAAUUUUGGUGGAGGACGUGGAUGCUAUCUUGUUUGAACACAUGCUUUGGUUGAUGAACAAUGAUUGUUCUUCUUUGUUUCAGCUUAAUCUUGGGGAGAUUAUUGACUUCUAUGCUCAAGAUUAUUAG